GGCCAGUGCGCACAAGCCGCCCUGGCCAUUUUAGCGCGAUGGGUCUACGACGCGUCGCCAGUACUUCAGCACAUCACUUACGCGUUUCGACACCGCAACUGGUACAUCACGUUUUCCACACGAAAGACCUACGGAUAGAAACGACCUACAAAUUUCCGAAGAAUAUCCAUUUCCUUUUUUCAGAACGAUUAAUUUCGUGAAUGCGCGGCCUUGCCGGACGAUCUCUGCGCAACUAGACAAUUUACCCUGGGUUUGACUAUUGCUGUGCUAUAAGCCCACUUCGCUUUGCGCGAUCAGAAUAGCCAUUUACGGUCCAACAUCGGCCUACUUGGGAUACAUUUCUCUGACCAUCAUGGCUCGCACAAUGCUACCAGAAGAGUACCAGGAAAUUGGUCGCAGCUACUAUAAGCUCAAGCAGUAUGAAAAGGCCUUGGAAACAUUCUCAAAAGGCAUCGAGUCCUGCCCAACCGCAGAAUUGUAUGAUCAUCGGGCUGCUACGUACGAUAAACUAGGCAAUUUUAAUGCUGCUGUCAAAGACGGCCGAGAGAUGAUCAGGUUGAACAAGAAGGACGUCAAAGGAUAUUUGCGCACGGCAAGUGUGCUAGAGAAGAUGGAAAAGCCCGAGACAGCCCUUGGGAUCUAUAAGUAUGGUAUGAAGAAUGUGCCAGUUAGCGACAAGAACUUCAAGCUAUUGCAACAACUCCACGACAAGCAAACACGCAAACUAUCACCUGCAUCAGCCAUCGACCCAUUGACAGUCUUGCCUGCUGAGUUAGCGGAGAUGGUACUGGAAUAUUGUUCUUUCCGCCACAUGGUCAAUUGCAUGCGCGUCAGCAAAGGCUGGCGGGACUAUCUCUCUAAGCUGCCCAAGCUUUGGAUGCACCUCGAUCUUUCCGGUGCUCGCAGACCCGUUCCCCGCUCCUUUAUCAAUAUCGCUUUCAAACGCUCAGAGUUCCGCAUGACACGCGUCACUGUGCAUCGCUUCGAACAUUUGGACGUCAUCAAGAACCUUGCGAAGGCCGCCAAGGACCUUUCAGAAAUGGAGCUCAUCUCUCUACCACAUACCAUGCCGGCUAUGUUACUCGAUAUUGUCAAGGGUGCUCCAAAUCUAAAGACGCUCAUCAUACAUCCGGAGAUUCGCGGGGUAUCUGCUGUGGAGAUAAUGCAUGCUCGACCUGCGCUGGAGCACCUAGUCCUCAACUCAACGAGGGGAGUGGCAAGCUCGUCAAGUGGCUUGGGAUCCGCCACUAACUGGGCAAUCUCAUUUGGAAACCUCCGAACACUUAGCAUACACUGGAGUCAUCAGAUCAUGGCGACUCAUUUCGGACUCACCGAAUUGCUGAGCCGUACACCAUGCCUUGAAAACUUGUCACUCUCCAACAUGGAAGGCUUUCAAUUCGGACAAGGGUGGCCCAGAGAAGUGACACAGCUGCCGCCGCUAAAGAGUCUAGUGUUGAAACGGGUGGACCUUCAAGGCUUCCCAUUGCUGCCACCAACACUACAGCGACUUGUUCUUGACAACAAUGGCAGCCACGGGAGCUUGAAUUUAACAGACUUUGGGAGCUUGAAGCAGUGCUGUGUCCCAGAGCUUACAGACUUGACCAUAUCUGGCUUCGACGGCCUCAAUGCAAAUGCGAACGGAAUAGAAAUUCUACUAGAAUGCGGUAUGCAAAACGGCGAAACGCAUAAAUGCUUGUCGGAGAAAGCCGUUCAUUCAUUGUCACUACACGGCUUACUCGAUGACAACAGCCGAUUGUUUACUCCGCUGAGUCAAAACUCGAUAUUAGGUCAAUCACCGCGGAUUCUCACACCAGCGCUUGAGUCCUUGGAUAUAUCUACCAUGCAAUGCGACGACGAUGAAAUCGAGGCACUUCUCACCUAUAAGACGGGACUCAAGACGAUCGACUUGUCUCAUACUAAUAUCACAGGAGCGUCCAUCAAGAUGCUGGCGGAUAGGCUUCCAACGCUGCAGAGCAUCAAAGCGAAUAAUUGUACCAAGAUCAAUGGGCGGGAUGCUAUUCAUUACGCAGAACGAAAGGGGAUAUCAGUAAGUUGCCAGAUGCUAGAGCAGAAAGGCGGACGAAGAAUUCGAUAUGGCUAGUGGACCGAGCCAAAGUAGCGGAAGUAGAACUUGAUGUAUCUAUAUAGCGGUAUAAUACUUAUGCAAUCAUGUUAUCGUGAGUGCGUGCCAUCAAAAAAAAGGACCAUGAACUCAAACACCGUCCCCAGAAUCUCUGCGCGC